AUGCGAGUUGGGUUCCUCGGCCUCGGGGUCAUGGGGACGCCAAUGGCCCUGAACCUCGCUCGGAAAUUCCCCCUCACCGUCUGGAACCGAAGCGCCUCGAAAUAUCCAGCCUUGACGCAAGCUGGAGCAGCAAUCGGCGAGACGCCAGCGAAAGUAGUCGAGAGGUCUGAUGUCAUCUUCGCUAUGCUCUUCGACGGCCCGGCCUUGACUUCAAUAUUCAACGAAGAUUUCAGAACGGCGCUACGAGGCAAGACUCUCGUGAGCACUGCAUCGAUACCGGUGGACAUCAGCAAGUAUGUUGCAGAACAGGUCCAAAAGGCAGGUGGCGACUACAUCGAGAUGCCGGUGAGCGGCAGCAAGAUUCCGGCGGAGCAAGGCCGACUUGUGGGUCUCAUGGCCGGAGAUCCGGCAGUCGCAGAGCGGAUCCGACCAUAUGUGGGGCCGCUCACUGCCGCAGCCAUCUACUGCGGCCCGAUCGGCUUCGGUCUCAAGACGAAAUAUGCUGUCAACCUCUACCUCAACAAUAUGACGGCGGCCCUUGCAGAAUCUUUCAGUCUGGCACAAGCUCAGGGCCUCAAUCUCGAAGCAUUUGGACAGGUCCUUGACGCUGGCCCAAUGGCGUCUCCGUACAGCAAAAUCAAGGUCGCCAAGAUCUUGAAUAACGACUGGUCCCCUCAGGCAGCGGUGAAGGAUUGUUACAACAGCACAAAGCUGAUAGUGGAAGCUGCAGAGAACGCUGGUGUACGGGCGCCAUAUGCUGACCUAUGCCGAUCGGUGUAUAAGGAAGCGUCGGAAUCUGGGUUGGACGAGGAGGACAUGAUCGCCGUUUACAAAGUCUUCCAAAGAAAACCCCCAAAUUCAUCAGAGUCAUAA